UCUUCACCAUUGAUGCCAUGUCACCUCCAUUCUUUGCUUUAUCGUUCUCAGUUAGGUUCCAGGUUCCAAUCCGCUACCAACUGAGAGAUGUCCUCUCCAGCUCAAAACCAUCUUCCUUUGGCUUAAAGUUAAGUUCAAGAAACAGGAUCAGCUGAAGAUCAGGUUUAGAGGUGUAUUAAAAGGGAGGUAGGGAGGGCGAGCAAAAGCUGCAGCUCACCUAAUAUUCUUCAGGGCUACACCACCGGGUCGAUCUGGGGGCCUCCUGCCACAUCCGAAAAAUGCCAAUCCAAAUUGGUAUCCAAUAAUAAGCUUGCAAAUCAGCUCAGUUAAAAAAAGAAAGGAAUGUGCUGCAACUAUUGGAACUGUAUGCAAUAGUGGCGCAAUUGAAUUGGAUGCCCUGAGAGGUUGGUGUUAGCUAUUUGGAGGCUAAUGAGGUUGUUCGGCAGGUUCUUUGGUUGCUUGCUCUGUUUUCCUGGGGGGGUUUCGUCUCAAAAUCAUCCAUAUGGAACCUGUAGGUAAAUGUAUCCAGCAAGCUUAAUUUGCGUUCCAGAUUGAGGUUGUUUCCUGGUAAAUCCUUGCCAGAAUUGGGUGCCAGGUGUUCUCAUCUCGCCUCCCUCAGAUUCUGUGUCGGUAGGCAAAACAUGCCUGAACCCUGAAGGCAUAUACGGUACGCAGAGACAGAGGAGCAAGUAAAAAUGUUGGUGCUGUUGAGGCUUGAGGGAGCGACAGGCAAGUGUCACCACCCUCCUCCCGCGCGCCCUCUUUCUUAAACGAAACCAACGCCACCCUCACCAACCACCUCCAACGCCAUUUUCACCUCCACCUCAACUGGGGGAGCAACAGUUUCACCUCCAUCCCUCCCUCCUACCUUCCAUCCUGAUCUUCAUCUUCUUUCUUCUUCCCCAGCCGGCACAUUCCACCACCCCCACUAAAUCUUGGUGCUGAUCCAGUACUCACAUUAAUUCCCCAUCUUCAAUUACUUCUUGCUCCACCUACAUUGAUUCAGCUCCGUCCCACAUUCGGCGUCGAGCUCAAUUCCUUCGCCUUCGAGCUCCGACUGCUCCUGUUCGUCCUGAUCCGGGGACGCCCAGUUCGUGGCUCCUUGAUCUGGGGAGGGGUCUCCAUUUGAUUCGUGGUUCUUGAUCUGAAAGCUUCGUGCUUUGGGGAUUUGGUGUGUCGGGCUUCAUGGGGACGGGGGCGGCGACGCCGGAGCGGCUCCCGAAGCAGCGGCGGGGCGGCUACCUGUGGAAGAAGGCGCUGCUCCACUUCUCCCUCUGCUUCGUCAUGGGCUUCUUCACCGGCUUCGCGCCCUCCUCCUCCUCCUCCUGGCGGUCCGGCGGGGGCGACCCGGUGCCGCCGCACCGCGUCGGCGACCAGCUCGCCGCCUCCCGCGUCGCCCUCAACGGCAACCAGCGCAUCAACCUGGCGCCGCCCUCGCCGGACGGCGCCGGCGGGGGCGGCGCCACGGUGGACGUGGACGACGACGGCAACGACGAGACCGGGCCGCGCCGGAUGCUGAUUGUGGUCACCACCACGCGGUCGGGGGCGGGGGAGCGCAGGCGGCGGCGGCCGGAGCUGCUGCGGCUCGCGCACACGCUCAGGCUCGUGCGCCCGCCGGUCGUCUGGGUCGUGGUGGAGCCGGCCGCGGACGCGCCGGCGACCGCCGAGGUGCUAAGGGGCACCGGGGUCAUGUACAGACACCUCGCCUUCCGCCCCGAGGAGAACUUCACCACCGCCGCCGCCGAGGCCCACGCGCAGCGCAACGCCGCGCUCGCCCACGUCGAGAAGCACCGCCUCUCCGGCGUCGUCCACUUCGCCGACGCCGCCGGCGUCUACGACGCACGCUUCUUCGACGAGAUCCGACAGAUCGAGGCGUUUGGCACAUGGCCGGUGGCAACGAUGUCCGCCGGAGAGAAGAAAGUAGUGGUGGAAGGCCCACUGUGCAGUGCCUCGAAAGUAGUCGGUUGGUUCUCGAGAAACUUCAAUGAUGGUACCACCCGAUCAGUGACAUAUAACGCGGAGGUUGACUUGAAUCCUGCCGGUGCUGCUGGCACGCGAGCCCACACGAUCGACGUAUCAGGGUUUGCGUUUAACAGCUCUAUUUUGUGGGACCCUGAGCGGUGGGGACGACCAACGUCAUUACCGGACACUUCACAGGAUUCCAUCAAGUUUGUGCAAGAGGUGGUGCUGGAGGACAGGACCAAGCUGAAGGGGAUCCCCUCCGACUGCUCCCAGAUCAUGGUGUGGCAGUACACCAUGCCGAGCCCCACUUCUCACAAAACCUCUGCCCCGAAAACUCACCAUAGAAGGUAGGGAUGGGGAGAAGAAGAGGAAGUCCUCAGCAGAAAUGAGGAGAGAACAAUGUUGCGACUUGGGAGUCAAUGUAAAUGUGGCGAAAAUGAAAGGAAAAGGAAGAAGGUUGCUUACACUGAGUUCUUUUUUUUCUCUUUCUCUCAGUUUUGUUCUGGUUUUGGGGGGUCAUGAAUUAUCCUCUGGAGAUCUCCCCCCAGGCAAUAGUAUUAUUUAUUCAGAUUUUACCUGCGAUUCUUUGACUCGAUGUGGGGCUCCUCUAAAAAAAUCUCUUUGUGGAGUGCAAUAAGACGCUGUUGUAGCAAGUGUGGAGAAAAUCUGGCAGAUGACAUGGUGAAUUAACAGCAUGGAUUUCCAGCAA